AUGGCAACAGCGAAUCGCGGAAUCGCGAAGGAGAAGCGGAAGUACGCGCAUCCAAUCACGGAAGUCACUCGAGACUCGGAUACCGUGCACUGGAUGCUGUUCGGGACGACCGGUUCAACAUCGAAUUUCGAAUCGGUAUCGCAGUGGGAUGCCGAUGAGAAUGUACGCGCUUCUGCGAGCUGCAAAUCAGCUGAUUCGCUCGCGCGCGCGACAAUAAAUAACAUCGAAGUCGCGUCGAGCAGCAAAUGCGACGAUUCCAGCGACGAGAGUUCCGAUGGCUGUCCGGAAGCUGAACGGAUCAUGGUGCCAUCCGAUCCGUCGGAGUGGAACUCGGGCCACAUAGCUUCAUGGAUCUCGUGGUGCGCCCGCACGUUCUCCCUGAAGCUGAGCUCGACCGCCACGUUACUCCCGUCGUCCGGCAAGGAACUGCUGAAACUGUCCCUGCGGCACUGGCAGGACAUCGCCGGCGGGACGGCCGGAUGCGUCCUGGCGCGGCAUCUGGGCCAUCUGCGCCUGCAGGCGACCGGCGUGCACAUUCCCGAUCUACUGCAGGAGGAUACGGACAACGUUUGGUCUAAAAAAAAAUACGCUGGACGACCAUCGCUCUUUUCUCUCUUACUCUUUCACGGGCAAACCGACUCGACCUCGAGAACCGGGCUUGAUGCAUGCUCGUUCCGUUUUCUGCUCGCAGAGAGGUUCAGCCUCCUACAACGGACUUGCUCGCUGAUUGGAUCGACGGCUGGAGCCGGCGGCUCGGGGGCGGUCGGAGGCGGACAGGUUCAGCUUUGGCAAUUCCUGCUAGAGCUGCUCUCGGAUUCGUCCAACUCGUCCUGUAUCGCGUGGGAGGGCUCGAACGGGGAAUUCAAGCUCACCGACCCAGACGAAGUCGCGCGCCGAUGGGGCGAGCGCAAGAGCAAGCCCAACAUGAAUUACGAUAAGCUGUCGCGUGCGUUAAGAUAUUACUACGACAAGAACAUAAUGACGAAAGUUCAUGGUAAACGUUACGCUUACAAGUUCGAUUUUCAUGGUUUGAUGAUGGCCUGUCAGUCGCAAGCCGGCAUUAUGCUGGAAGCGCCAACGUCCUCGCGCGUAACGCACGUCGCCAACUGCCAUUCUCACCACCAAGCUCCUCGUGCUCAUCGUUUAUAUUCAGUGGCACCGACGACCACUCAACAAUCCGUACCGUCCUCGUUGCAACCGGGAUCAUCGCCGCCCACACUGCAACCACCGCCGCCGCCGCCGCCGCCACCACCUCCGCCACCUCCACCGCCUCCACCGCCACCGCCGCCGUCACAUUAUUGCUGGCCGUAUCAUCGAUACUCGCCACCGACAUAACACAGUCUGCUAUCUCUGUCGGGCAUGUGUGAUUACGUCAGUCGCGAUAUCAAUUCCAGUGAAGCGAUGACUCGAUGAUUAUUCCGCUCUCUCUUCCUGUUCUCUCUACCUCUUUCUCAUUCUCUUUGAUCGUGGAUCGAGAUACGUCAUCGCAUUUCUCGUGUGGAACGUGCGGUGAGAAGAACAUCUUAAAAUCAUCGCCGGUGCUUUGUCUCAGCAGACUUUACUUGGUGUACCGAAUAAUUGGAUGUGAAUCGUGCGAACUGACGAUUGAUAAUUUGAUUCAAAGUGAACGGUAAUCGAACAAGUGCAAAUUGUCGCAAUGGUACCUUCCUUUCAUUGUAAGCGUGUACAAUCAUGCUCCAAGAUGCGCGCACGUAAGGUGCAGCAUUGUAAAUAUUAUCGAUAUUACACUCAAAGCAAUAUUGUAAUAGGAUCUUUCUCGUGUUAUUAUUACGAUUACUGUUGCUAAUACUAGUAAUAACACUACUACUACUGCUACUAGAAAACUACUUAUGCUACUUUGAUAGAAAUGUAGAUAGAAAUCUUGACAAUGUACAUUUUGUAAACAUGACUUUCUAUUUAAGCAUAGAAAUAGAAUUAUUAAUAUUUAUAUUAUUGUGCUUCAAACUAACCUGAAAUAAAGAUUCCCAUUGUAUCCGAUUGUAUCCUUAGAUCUCUGUGGAAUCUAUUGGAGCUAUUUGUGUCACAUUAUAUUCACUGAAUUACCUUCAUGUAAUCUGCAUUUUAUUAUUUUCCGCCGUUAUUUUUAAAUUAGACAUUUAUUUAAAUUACAGACACCAGCAGGCAACCUGUACAAAUUACAUGUUAGAACAAAUCUCGCUAAUUAAAUUAUUUUAUAC